AUGCAGGACGAUGAUACUGAUGUUGUUCUUCGUGGAGUAGUUAGUUUUGUUGAGAAGAGGAAGGUUGAAAGAAGCAAACCCCAGGAGGAGAUUACUAAAGAUGUUGUGAUUAAGGCAGGUGAUGAUGACGAAAAACAGAAUGGUCUUAAGAAGAAGAAGAAGAAGAAAGCUGGUAAACGAAAAGGGAAAGGGAAGAUCAAAACUUAUUAA